CGCUGCGUCACUUCCGGUAUUGUUCCUGUUUGUUUCGAGCAUCGUCCACAUUUUCCCUGAUGAACCACUCCUCAAUGAAAUACUAGGAUUUUAUAAAGAAACAAGAGAAACAACUGCCAGAAUGGUCGUGGAUUUCUACAGCUAACGACGCCUGGCCCAGCAGAAUGGUGCACUGUUCUCUACAACAACAUCCAAAGUCCUGCUGAAGAAAAAAGUUUUUUGUUCACCACUACUGCCCCCGUUGGCAAGCUAAACGCAUGUCGCGAAUCAGGACCACUAUAGACAGUGUCACAAAGGCGGUGGGGAGUGCAGAUUUCAUUUCCAGGUUUUCUUGGCUUAAACCUGGAAGUUUAGCAGUGGACAGCCCUCAGGCUGAAAAGAUUUUAGUUAGAACAGAAGCAAUAACACCAAAUAGUUCAGAAGAAGCUACUCAAAACCACUCAGAAAAUCAAAAUUCUAAACUUGAGACCAAAAUGAAAGAAGAGGAGGGUGAAAAAGACAAGGAUGAACAAACCCAAAAUAUUUCAGAAAAACCUUAUCUUGCUAGCAAAAAAUCUGCCACAGCCUCAAGUGCAUCCGUGCCAAGUUCCUCUACAAACGUGGCCAAACAAACUCUACAGAAAUUUCACCCAACUGGAUUUUCAAGUAACAUGGAUGAGACCUAUAAAACACUAGCAACCCAUAUUAAUAGUUACUUCGGGAGCAAUGCAGAAGAUAAUGAUAGACAGAAACAAGUAUCUGAAAAGCCUGCUGUUCAUAUUGCAUUUCAGCCAACCAAGGAGCCAAUGCCUGUUAUGUCUCCAGUGGCGGAAACUAAAAGUAUUGAGAGCUCUACAACCACUACGAUCCCAGAAAAUCAAACUUUAUCUAAAGACAUCACUACUGUACCUCCCUCUGCUCCUGUCCCAGCUGCACCAUCCAAAAAAGGCUUCACUCACUAUCUGUCCUACCCCAGACCGAGCGUUCAAGCAUUCGUUGGUAAUUACAUAGCUCCCCUGGUCCCGAAAUUCAGAAGUGAAAGUAAAGUUGAGUUGGCGGAGAAAGAGAAAGCUCCAGUGAUCGCAUCUACUGAACAGAAACCAGGAGAGAAGAUUGAAAGUGAAGAAGAGAAAAAGGAGAAGGCCAAGCAGCUCCUUAUAAGUCAAAGAGAGAAGAUAAUUGCCAGAGUGAGUGUGGACAAUCGGACCAGAGCAUUGGUGAAGGGUGUACAGAGAGUCACUGAUGUUAAACUUCUCACCACUCGAGUCGAGGAGCUCAGCUUUCACCUCCUUGAGUACCCAGAGACACGAGGCGUAGCCAUCAAGUCGAGCGUGCUGCCCACCCUGCUGCGUCUGCGGCAGGCGAAAGACCUCCCCCUGCAGUCGGCGGUGAGGGAGGCUCUGGCUGUGGUUGGAUACACGGACCCUGUGAAAGGCAGAGGCAUCAGAGUGCUGGCUAUAGAUGGAGGGGGAACUAGAGGUCUCCUGGCUCUACAGACUUUGAAUAAACUUGAGAAUCUCACUGGUAAAAGAGUCUAUGAGCUGUUUGACUACAUCUGUGGAGUCAGCACUGGUGCCAUCUUGGCGUUUAUGUUGGGCAUUUUUCAGAUCCCGCUGGAGGAGUGUGAGCAGAUGUACAGGAAGUUGGGCUCAGAUGUUUUUAAGCAGAACGUCAUUUUGGGGACAGUCAAAAUGGGCUGGAGCCACGCAUUUUACGAUAGUGAAAUGUGGGAGAACAUCCUCAAGGAAAGAAUGGGUGAAGGAAGUAUGAUUGAAAGCGCCAGGGAUCCACACUGUCCAAAAGUGUCAGCAGUCAGCACCAUUGUGAACAGGGGUUUACCUCUGAAGGCCUAUGUAUUCAGGAACUACCGUCUCAUGCCUGGAGUGAGAUCCCACUACCUUGGAGACUGCAAACACAAAAUGUGGCAGGCUAUCAGGGCCUCCUCCGCCGCUCCGGGAUACUUCCAGGAAUUUGUCCUCGGAAAAGAUCUCCAUCAGGAUGGAGGCCUGUUAAUAAACAACCCCACAGCGUUGGCUAUCCACGAGUGUAAAAACCUAUGGCCAAACACGCCGCUCCAGUGCGUCCUGUCUCUGGGGACCGGACGCUACGAAGAAGAAGUGAAGAACAGCGCCACCUACACCAGCCUCAAGACCAAGCUGACCCACGUCAUCAGCAGCGCGACAGACACAGAAGAAGUACACACCAUGCUGGACGCCCUCCUGCCUCCAGACACAUAUUUCCGUUUUAACCCGUACAUGAGCGAGGAUAUUCCACUGAACGAAAGCCGCAUUGAAAAACUCAACUUCCUAAAAAGUGAGGCAGAGAAUUACCUGGAACGCAACGAAGCAAAACUCAAGAAGGCCGCCAUGGUUUUGGGACAGGAGAAGGGUCCCAUCCAGAGAGUGGCUGAGUGGGCUAAGCUUAAAGCGGACAUGUAUGAGGGUUUACCUUUUCUGUCCAAGCUGUAAAGAAUCAGUACCUCGUAGAGUAUUAGAUAAUAAUAGAGAGAUGUAGAAUCAUGACCUUGUUUACCCUGGUAAGAGAUACUUUAUAAACACAGGAUAAUAGUUUAAUAUGGGAAUAGGAAAUUGUAAGGAUGUUCUUGAAAAAAUACGCAGCUUAACAGUCAGUCCACAUUUUAAAUUUGCGUUGGUUUUUGUAAGUAAAGUUUACAUUAAUUUUGCCCUUAAACUGUAAAAAAGAGUUUAAAAAAAGGUAGUAACCACAAUAGAGGUUAAACAGCUAUGUGGUACCCAUUGCCUAUAACUCAUGUGUAUUAGACACAAAAAAUACAUUUUUAAAAUUUUAAAAUACCACACCAAAAGACCAUGUUGUUGUUUCAGAAUAUUAACGUUAGUCCCCAUCAGCUAUUAUGUAGUUUAUGGGAAAAAAAUAAUGGAAAUUUUGCUUCCUGGAUUAGAGCAGACCACAAAAUGAGCUGCACUAUUGAUCUCCAUUUGAGUUGGUAGUUUAAAUACAAGGUUUGGCUUUGGUUUGGUUGGAUGGUGGACCACAGAAAAUGUAGAAUCAUAUAUUAUAGCAUAAAUCUUUCCCUUUGCUCUCCAUUAGUUGUAUAAAAUAUAGCAUAUUUAUUAAAUACAGAAAACAAGAUUAGAUUUACACUUUAUAGAAGUUUAGUCAUAAAAACUUAAUUAAAUGAAAUCCACAGGUGUGCCAGUAUUUGCAAAACAUUCGACAUUUUGUACAGCUUUUCAUUUUACAAAUAAUGAAAAUAUUUGGUGCUGGUUGUACCAGAAAAACUUUUAGUAUUACCUAAACAGUUUUAUUUUUUAAAAAGUGUAAAAGAAUCAUAACAAAAUGUAACAUUUUCACAUUUAGAGUAAAUUGUUAAAAAAAAUUGCAUGAAAAUCAGGUGUAUUGGAUGUGCCUCAAAGUAAGUACUUAAUAUUGUACAUACAUUUUAAGUUAAUGGUAAAUAGGUUUGGGUUGGACCAUAACUAGUGGUUAAUCUUAAGGUCUGACUCAUGUCAUUUCAACUUGAAUAGGUCUAGUUGUUAUACUUGACUGCACAGUGACUACAUGACUGCCUAUUUCUAACACUGUACAGGCCUAAAGCACUUUUACAAUGUUCUUAAUGUGUGAGAAAAAUGAUGUAUAUAAAUUGAAGUGAUAUUAUUAUGAACCUCUAAAUGCUCUUGUUGGUACAAAGCAUGAUGUUUUACUCCUGGUCUGUUAUUAGCAACACAUGUGACCCAGUUUGCACUUCUCCAGUCUGAGUCCAUUCAAGCCUCUUUGGUUAUGAACACUCAAUAAAGCACACUUUUACCUCAA